AUGGCGUUAACCAACGGCUCCAAUGCUCUCAAUUCCAUCACAUUCCGGAACCACCGCCCGGGUGACAUGGGCUACAUCACCCACCGACACGGCGCAAUCUACUCCAAAGAAUACAACUACGGCGCGCUAUUCGAGGCCAUGGUCAGCCAAAUCACGGCAGACUUCCUCCUCAAGUUCAACCCAGCCAAAGAACGAUGCUGGAUCGCAGAGAGAGACGACAAGUUUUUGGGCUCCAUCAUGCUCAUCGAGGACCGCGAAAUACCAGGCAGAGCGAAGUUGAGAUGCUUCCUUGUAGAAAAGGAAGCAAGAGGCUCCGGCUUGGGAACGGAGUUGAUACGACUUUGUGUUGAGUUUGCAAGGGAGGUUGGAUUCGAGAGCGUUGGUUUAUCAACUGAUAACCACUUGAUCGGGGCGCGGCGAUUGUAUGCAAAGUCCGGGUUCGAGUUGAAAGCCACCGAAGAACAUCAAGCCUGGGGAGAGAAGCGAGUGGGAGAGACUUGGGAGUUGCAACUGAAAUAG